AUGCAGGUUAUUGUGGCCAUACUUGGGUUGAUUGUUGCUCCUGGGGUUUCGGAUGUCUCUCUUUAUGUUUCAGAACAAGGUAAGGUGUCCGUCACGGACUUUUCCGAGGUACAGUUCAAACCCAACAGUCCUGUGGCUGCAUUCGUAUCCAGUGGUAGCACGCAAGAGAUGAUUUCCAAUGCGUACGGGCGCGUAGGCGAAGCUACGAUUCAAUGGAUUGAGGAUCCAACACAGGCCGAAUUAGAGAAAUGUCCCGAGGACCUUUUCUUCCAAAAGCGGCCUACUGAGGACCUUGGUACCUGGCAAUCAUUGAUUUUCCUCCUCGACUAUGCCACAGACGAGUCUUUAGAGACCCGGUCUACGAGACUUGCAACAUCUACCACAAUCUGCGAUCCACCCAAAACUUCCACUUUCAUUACGGAAAGUGGAUUACUGAUUGACGAGGGAGAUGGCACUCAUAAUUUUUGGCUAUGGAGCGGACUACGAUCCCGGACUAUCGCGACUUGGGCUGCCCAAGAAGACUCUGACUGCGGUCCACGCUGCACGAAUGUCAGAGCACUUGUGCCCAUUUCGGGCUUCAACGCUACCGAUCCAGAGCACGCGAGAAUUGAGCGCAGACUUUACAUAUUGAUUCAGCAGGCGGCCGCAACGUCGCACUUCGAAUUAGCACCUAGAUGGUAUGGAACUGGAUGUGCCAAAGUGUUGCAUGCAGGAGUAAGACGUCGUCCUCGAGGCGGUGGAAUCCAUGGAAGGAGGGAAGGAGCCAAAGUCACAUGUGUCGGAUCGCCGUUUCCGUGA